AUGGCGCCAGAUUUGUUUUCGUUUCUAUCGAAUGCCCCUCAACAGGUUGAUAGCGAUGAUGAGGUUUUGGAGCUCGAGCCGCAGGAACCUCGAGGAGCGGCCCAACCUGCCCCUUCAGCACCGACUGCCGGUCAAAAGCGCAAACCGGGCUCCAGCAGAAUAAGUGACGAAAUUCGACGGAAUGAGGGGAAUAUAGACAAUACAGAUAGACCGCCAAAACGGCCACGCGGAACAUCACCGGCACCGGUCGUUGUCGACGAUUUUCACACCGAGGCCAAGCGAGAGAUGGCAGCAAGUGGCGGUUUAACAGGUCCUGUCGAUGCUAGCUCGCGAUUAGAGUUGAGACAUCAGGUUCGACAUCAAGUAGCUAUUCCUCCAGGAUAUAACUACGUUCCGAUUGCGAACCAUAUUCCUCCUGCAAAACCGGCUAGAGAAUACAAGUUCACACUGGAUCCAUUCCAACAGGUUUCUGUGUACGCAAUCCAGCGGAAUGAGAGCGUGUUGGUGUCGGCCCAUACCAGUGCUGGUAAGACAGUCGUGGCAGAAUAUGCCAUAGCGCAGUGCCUUCAGAACCGGCAGCGUGUAAUUUACACUAGUCCAAUAAAAGCACUGAGCAACCAGAAAUACCGGGAGAUGCUUGCUGAGUUUGGCGAUGUGGGUCUAAUGACUGGUGACGUUACGAUUAACCCGUCAGCAACCUGCUUGGUGAUGACUACUGAGAUUCUGCGUUCAAUGCUGUAUCGCGGUUCGGAGAUCAUGCGCGAAGUAGCAUGGGUAAUCUUCGACGAGAUCCACUACAUGCGAGACAAGGAGCGCGGCGUCGUAUGGGAAGAAACUAUCAUCCUUCUACCGCACACAGUCCGUUAUGUCUUCCUUUCGGCGACUAUUCCAAAUGCCAUGCAAUUCUCCGAAUGGAUAUGCAAAUCACACGAGCAACCGUGUCACGUCGUGUACACAGAUUUUCGGCCUACUCCCCUGCAGCAUUAUCUCUUUCCUGCAGGUGGAGACGGAAUUUUCUUGGUGGUGAACGAAAAGGGGGAGUUUAAAGAAGAAAACUUCAGCAAAGCUAUGAGCGCGCUGCAGGAAAAGGCGGGAGAGGAUCCUGCGGAUCCUCGUAGUGGGAAGGGCCGCAAAGGCAAAUCUAGAAAAGGAGGUGAAAAGAAAGGUCCCUCUGACAUCUCCAAGAUCAUCAACAUGAUUAUGCGGCAAAACUAUAACCCAGUUAUCGUUUUCGCCUUCAGCAAGCGUGAAUGCGAGGGGUUGGCAUUGACAAUGUCCAAGUUCGACUAUAACACGAGCGACGAACAAGAUCUCAUUACCAAUAUUUUCCAAAAUGCUAUCGAGAACCUUUCCCAGGACGAUCGAAAUCUUGCGCAAAUAUCUAAUCUUCUGCCUCUUUUGAAGCGUGGCAUAGGCAUUCACCACGGUGGCUUGUUACCAAUCCUUAAAGAGGUCAUCGAGAUCCUGUUUCAAGAAGGUCUAAUUAAAGUCCUAUUUGCUACAGAGACCUUCUCCAUAGGAUUGAAUAUGCCAGCGAAAACCGUGGUGUUCACCGCGGCUAGGAAAUUCGACGGCCGGGAAUUCCGGGAUUUAUCUUCUGGCGAGUAUAUUCAGAUGUCAGGUCGUGCAGGCCGUCGAGGUUUGGAUGACCGUGGAGUGGUUAUUAUGAUGUGCGACGAGAAGCUUGAGCCCGCUUCUGUAAAGGAAAUGAUUAAAGGGGAAGCGGACCGUCUGGAUUCUGCUUUCCACCUUGGGUACAAUAUGAUCCUCAAUCUCCUUAAGGUGGAGGGCAUCAGCCCAGAGUAUAUGUUGGAGCGAUGCUUCUUCCAAUUCCAGAGCAGUGCUGGUAUUCCUGUUCUCGAAAAGGAACUGAAGGGUGAAGAGAAACGGCGGGAUUCGCUCAGAAUUCCCGAUGAACAGCUGGUCGCGGCGUAUUAUGAUUAUCGCCAGCAGCUGGACAGGAUGGCAGACGAUAUGCGUGCUGUCAUAACACACCCGACGUACAGCCUUCCGUUCCUCCAACCAGGCCGCUUGAUACGCGUGAAGCAUCGCGACGCUAACUUUGGCUGGGGUGUGGUCAUUAAUUUCCAGAAGCGGCUGCGUACCAAGACAAAACCCGAGUUCCAACAUGUCGAUGAUAUACCUCCACACGAGCAAUAUGUCGUCGAGGCCUUACUCUACUGUGCAGAUGGUAUGGCUGUUCCCAAAGACCGCAAUAUUUCUGCCGGGAAGCCAGAUGAUUUCCGGCCAUGUCCACCUGGCGAGAAGGGAGUUUCACUCGUGGUGCCGAUGUUUCUGUCUGCAAUUGAAGCUAUCAGUCACAUUCGGAUUGUAUUGCCUAAAGACUUACGGCAGGACCAGGCUCGAGAGACCGUCUGGAAGAGUGUCUUGGAGGUUCAGCGGAGAUUCCCGCAUGGCAUUGCACUCCUAGACCCCGUGGAGAACAUGGGGAUAAAAGACGAUAAAUUUCUUAACCUCAUCAAAAAAAUUGACGUUAUGGAAAAGAAGAUGUUUUCGAAUCCAUUGCACAGGGACCCGCGCCUACCCGAGCUAUAUACCCUCUAUUCCCAAAAGCAAGAGUGUCAAACGAAAAUACGCUCGCUGAAAAAGCAAAUCUCAGCCACACACGAUGUCUUGCAGCUGGAAGAACUGAAGUGCAGGAAGCGCGUACUCCGACGUCUUGGGUUCACAAAUUCCUCCGACAUUGCAGAAAUGAAGGGUCGUGUCGCGUGCGAGAUCAGUACAGGCGACGAACUUUUACUUACGGAACUAAUCUUCAACGGCGUCUUCAACACGCUCUCGCCGGAACACAGUGCUGGACUAUUGAGUUGCUUCGUAUUCACGGAAAAGAGCGAGCAACAGACGAAGCUCACGGAGGAACUUGCAGCACCCUUACGUGUUAUGCAAGAACUCGCUCGUCGUAUUGCCAAAGUAUCCCAGGAAUCCAAACUGAAUAUUGUAGAAGAUGAAUAUGUUUCCUCCUUCAAGGUCGAAUUGAUGGAGGCUGUUGUACAGUGGUGUCGUGGAGCCUCAUUUGCGGACAUAUGUAAAUUGACAGACCAGUUUGAGGGCAACCUCAUUCGAGUGUUUAGGCGCCUUGGAGAGCUCCUCCGGCAGAUGACACAGGCUGCUAAGGUGAUUGGUAACUCUGAGUUACAAGAGAAGUUCCAGAAAGCAUCAGAGAUGCUCGAGCGACCGAAUUCGGUCAUUUUCUGUUCGUCUUUGUAUCUGUAG